AACUGUUGUUAGAUAAGUACAUACUCUAAGUUGUGUUUAGAUGGCAGCCAGGUUGUUUAUCGAUAUGUGAGGACAGUACUAAAUCUGUAGAAAUCGUUAAACCAGUGACAGGCAAGAUGUCACGUCUAAUUCAAAAGUUCCAGUCUCUGGAGCCAUGUUAUGGGCAAUGCCACGCCAUGUACAUUAAAACCAUGAACAUGCUAACGGAUGGAAAGAACAUGGACAUUUUCAACGUAAUCACAUUAAGUAUGCUGAAGAACAAGGUGAGCGACGGAAGCGUGAACACUAUUGGAGAAAUGCUUGAAACAAGGAUAAAUGACCUAAAACCUUCUGAAGAUUUAUGUUUGUCAGCUGACAGAUACAACCUAGAACGACUAGACAGCAAUUCGUCCACUAGCUCAAAUUCGAGUAGUCCAACUAAUUCCACAGAGGAGAGUUCCUUUACUGGUCCAGGAUCACCAAGGGAACUCCGAAUUCUCCUGACAGGGGAUAUUGAUGCCGGUAAAAGUAGCGUGCUGAACGUGAUAAUGGGUGGUGCCUACCUACCUAAUCACAAUGCGAAAACUACGUUAGUCUCGUGUGAGAUCCACAACAGUCAUCGGAGGUGCGCCAAAAUAUGUUUUGGAGAAGACAAACAUAGAUAUAUUGAUCCGCUGUCUUCUGACGCCACCGACAAAAGUUGGAGGGUCCUUAGAGAGGUGAUAAAACGAGGAAAAGAUGUAGACAAGACUGUGACCAGAGUUAAAAUUUUCUGGCCAUUGAGACUUUUACAGGAUAAUUCCAAAUGGGAGUCCGACCCUGAUCACACUCCGGUAAAACAGGUCGUUGGAACAAAUAGGGAACCGGCGGAUCAACCAGACACAUCUGACCCAGUCCUGCCAGUUGUAUUCCUUGAUCUACCUGGAUUAUUCGACGCUGGGGCGACGCAGGUACUUGAGAACAUACCUGAUUACCACCACUUCAUUAUCGUCAUCGACUGUUCUGCUAUCAUCAGAGAUACGUUGGACGUUUUGCUAAAAGGCAUAGAGGAUAAAAUCGCACAACAUGGUGGUGCAUUCAACCCAACAUCGGUUAUGUUCUUGUUGAACCGUUGUGACUUGCUGGACGAAGACCCGAGCGGCGAACCUAGGAAGAAGGUUAUUUUGAAACAAAUACAGAAAACUUGGCCUAUCGUGACCGACCGUCAGCUCCACAUGAUAUCAUGUAGAAAGAUGCUGAGAGGAAAAGGAAACAUCAACGGUUUUAAGGAUACGAUCUGGACCUUCCUCGAGCUUGUCAAUCGACGGAAUAUAGAGGAACAUUGCUUCUGGCUUACAAAAUUGUUGGAGGGUAUUGCUGCGUACUUCGGGGCAGGAUACAGCUGGUUGUCAUUCGACGAGUGCUUGAAAGGGAUCAAAAAGCAUGCAGAGGAAGACAUAAAAAAUCUUGAGAAAGAAGUUGAAAAAUUGUCAAACAGAAAAUCAUCUUUUUAUCAAAAACUCCUUGCAGCUGCACAGAAAAGAAAACAGGCCCUCAAAAAAUACUUUACAGAUAGAAAGAAAACACCAAAUGCUCCCGACACGUACACUGCAAUAGCAGAGGCAUUGGAAACGCCCGAAUGUGAAAAUAUCAAAGCUGAAUAUGCUUCAAAGAUAGAAGAAAUACUCGAAGAACACAAGAGCGAAUUGAAGAAAAAAACUAAACUCGUGGAAAAGGAUGACGUUUCAUUGGAAAAUUACGUCGGACGUAACGAAAUAAUUGUUGCUGUAGGUAGACUUGUGAUGACGCAUGUCGCUGUGGUACAAGUACCAAUCAGAACGUUUGAAGAGGAAUUGGUGUACAUCUGUAAAGACCCGAGCAGAGGAAGUGAUAUUGCCAUUAACCUGCUCGCAGACUGGUGCGAACGACAGGCAGACAUUGAAAGACAAAAAAGGAUCGAGUUCUUGAAAAUGCAGCGUGACUUGACAAGGAAGAUCACAAACAUAAGGCCAAUGGUUGAUGUGCAGACCACCAGUAGGCAUCAGCGUCUAGCAGCUAUCGCGGACAAUGACGUGAAGAAACUUUAUAAGAUAUAUGUCAAAGAUGUGAUGGAACACGAGUUUCGUGGCGGGUUCGAAGAGGCUUCAAAGGACUGUUUUGUCCGACACCGCCAAGGGAAGAGCCCGACUUCGGGAGGCUUGCCCCAGCACACAGAUAUAUACCGUGAAGUGAUUAUGUUAAGAGCUUUGACAACAAAGGCAAAAGAGGAACAGGACAAAAAAGGUCAUUUUCUAUUGCUGCAAGAUACGUGGCCCGUCGCCCAGGAACACGCUCACGAUCUUGUCAUUGGGAUGGAGAGGUGUGACGUUUCACUUGACGAAGUGAUCAUGGAUCUCCACACAGACACAGCUUUACGGACUAGCUGGGUAGCAGACGGCGGAAAGAAGAGGCUGGAGUAUGUGCUGGGUGCAGCGAAGGGAUUACAAUUCAUGCACGAAAACGGAUUUGUACAUCGUGACGUCAAACCCCACAAUUUUCUGGUGAAGCAAGGUCUCGAUGGAGCACAAGAUAUAGUGAAAAUAUGUGCUGUUGGACAUACGGAGGAAAUGGCUAAUAUGGCAGCAGGCUACGGGACGAGGCAAUACUGUGCACCCGAGGUACUGUCAGCGGAAAAAUAUUCCACAAAUUCUGACGUUUACAGCCUCGGUUUGGUUCUCUGGGAGAUGUGGUACUGUGAAAAGAUCACGUGUAAGCCAGGUGAAACACCCCCGCUUGAGCCAGAACCGGAAGAGGCGUUUGGGAUUAUUCUACCGCUGUGUCUAGAUGCAUGUGCUGAAAAUAGACCAGACUGUUCCUUCAUUGUGCAGGAAUUGGAGAAACAGUUCUCGGCUUUUUGCUCUUUAAGAUGGUAAACAAGCUGACAUACAUAUGUAAUUGAGUGCAAUAUUUAUUUGAUUUUCGUAUAAAGGAACAGUGCAUAGUGUAUGUUAGUGUCACGGAUUACGUGUUGUUGAUAUCGAAACCUUCAUACUUUUAUUAUAUUCAAAUCAUGAUAAGUUCUGAAACAUUCAGGUAGUACGGCCAAUAUGAGUCAAUGAUACGUGAAGUCUUGUUUUAGACUCAUUGAUAAAGCUCCAAAUCUAUCCUUACAUUUUGACAUGUAAAAUGAAGUUAUGGAUUUAAAAAAUACGGAUCAUUUACAGUAGUUUUUUUCAAUCAUCAAUUAACGUUCUUUAAAUGUGGUUAUU